GCAAAAUUGCAUGCGCUUUCCGCUACAAUAAUAGUUGUACCAAUUCUUCUAUGGAUAUAAAUAUCGGGAAAUUCUUGAGCCAACGAUCCAUCUAACCCAUAUUCUCGGUACAUCGCGAUUAUAAUGCUUAAGUCCACCUAUACCCCUCCCCCUCCACUACCACCAGGGUGGACCGAGCAUAGAGCUCCUUCGGGCCACUUGUAUUAUUAUAACUCGCAAACAAAACAAUCCACCUACACUAGACCUCAGGCGUCCCCGGCUCAACCUCAAUCGACCCCUAAUGCACCCGAUACCACCCACAACGCUCCCUAUCUUACUCCAGAUACUUUGCCUCCAUUUUCCUCGACACCUUAUGCACCUCAUGGCUUUGGGUUUGGCACAUAUAGUCAAGGAACGCCUCAACAUGGUCAAGAUCGGGGCGGCUUUCGUGGUGGAAGAGGCUAUCACGACCGCAGAAAUAGAGGGCCGGAAGAUAGGCCGAAAUCAAAACAUGCCCUACCCAGCUGUGCACCAUGGGUACUCGUCAAAACCAAACUGGGAAGAAGAUUCGUCCACAACCCUGAAACAAAUGAAAGUUUCUGGAAAAUCCCACCGGAGAUAUUGAAAGGAGUCGUGGAGUACGACCGUGUAGAGAGAGAGAAGAAAGAGAAGGCGGAGCGCGGUGAAGACAUCGAUGACGAGAGUUCCGUGCUUGAAAGAGAAACCGAGCCAUCUGCUGAACAGCAUCAAGAGCAGAAGGGCAUUACCCCGGCUGCAUAUGCGGGUGAAGAGAGCGACGAAUAUGAGGAAGUCGAAGUCACAGAUAGCGAAGGCGAAGAUGAGUACCAUCCUUCCAAACGGCCGAAAACGGAGGGCGACGAUGGUCAACAACAACCUCUGGAGUUCACGGAAGAAGAUAUUGAGUAUCAACUCGCCGCUAUGGGCGAAGAAUAUGGCCUUGAUCCCGGCGAAUACGGUGAACCAGGCGAAGAUGGCUGGGAAGAAGGUGCUGAGGGAUUACCACUCACAGAAGAAGACGCAACUGCUCUGUUCCGUGACCUUCUUGAUGAUUAUCAUAUUAACCCGUAUGCAACCUGGGAGAAGAUUAUUGAAGAAGGCCGGAUUAUAGAGGACUCUCGUUACACCGCGCUUCCGAAUAUGAGGUCGCGUCGGGAAGUUUGGUCUCAGUGGAGCCGUGAUCGGAUCCAAGUGCUUAAGGAGCAGAAAGAGAAACAAGAGAAAAAGGACCCGCGCAUCAAAUAUCUAGCUUUCCUUGAAACACACGCUACUCCCAAGCUAUACUGGCCAGAAUUCAAACGCAAGUACCGCAAAGAACCCGAAAUGAAAGACACUCAACUGUCCGAUAAGGAUCGAGAGAAGUUCUAUCGUGACUUAAUGUCACGGUUAAAACAGCCGGAAAGCACACGCAAAUCCGACCUCUCCGCCCUGCUGAAGUCCGUCCCUCUGCAUGAUUUCAAUCGCUCGUCGAACCUGGAAGCUCUCCCUCCAACGAUCAUUACUGAUAUCAGAUAUAUCUCCCUCCCUGCGAAGGUUCGCAAUCCCCUUAUUGAAACCUACAUAUCUACUUUGCCGCCGGCGCCGGAGCAGGGUGAGCAUAUGACUGCGGAACAACGAGAAGAGGCAGAGCGUAAGAGGAUAGAGCGCGAAAAGCGUGAGAAGGCUCUGGCAGAACGUGAGAAGCAAGUGCAAGAGGACAAGCGGAAGCAGCGGGGAGACCUUGCCCGUGGGAGGAAUCUUCUAAGAGAAGGAGAGGCAGAGAUUGAAGAAGCUCUCAGGAUAGGCAAGGCCGGGUUACGAAGCCAUAUAGAGGUCGAGCAAGAUGCGUCAAAAGAAGGGGAAGCCCAGGAAGGGAAGUGAUCUAUAGGUAGUAAUCAUGUAUAGUACAAAUCCAUUCAAUU